AUGUCGAAAGGGCAAAGCAAUGGUGGCGAAGGACAUCAAAUUCCACCACUAGCCACGUACACUUCAUUAAUCGAAAUUAGGGAGGAAGGGCCAAGCAAUGGUGGCAAAGGACAUCAAAUUCCACCACCAACCAAAUACAAUUCAAUAAUCGGAAUAAGUGAUGAAAGGCCAAUCAAUGGUGGCGGACAUCAAAUUCCACCACCAGCCAAAUACACAUCACUAAUCAGAAUUAGUGAGGAAGGGCCAAGCAAUGGUGGGAAUGGACAUCAAAUUCCACCACCAGCCAAAUACAAUUCAUUAAUCGGAAUUAGUGAGGAAGGGCCAAGCAAUGGUGGCGGACAUCAAAUUCCACCGCCAGCCAAAUACACAUCACCAAUCGAAGUUAGUGAGAAAGGGCCAAGCAAUGGUGGCAAAGGAUAUUACAUUCCACCACCAGCCAAUUCAUUAAUCGAAAUUAGUGAGGAAGGGCCAAGCAAUGAUGGUGGCGGACAUCAAAUUCCACCACCAGCCAAAUACACAUCACUAAUCGGAAUUAGUGAGGAAGGGCCAAGUAAUGGUGGCAAAGGACGUCAAAUUCCACUACCAACCAAAUACAAUUCAUUAAUUGGAAUUAGUGAGGAAGGGCCAAGCAACGGUGGAAAAAGACAUCAAAUUCCACCACCAGCCAAAUACAAUUCACUAAUCAGGAGUACGACGGAUGGGCCAAGCGAUGGUGAUGAAUGA